GAAUGUGACCAAGUUCAUAUAGAUGAUGUCUCCUCAGAUGAUAACGGCCAGGACCUGAGCACAUAUAACUUUGGAACAGAUGGCUUUCCUGCUGCGGCCACCAGUGCUAAUUUAUGCUUGGCAACCGGCGUGCGGGGCGGUGUAGACUGGAUGAGGAAGUUGGCUUUCCGCUACAGACGCGUAAAAGAGAUCUACAACACUUACAAGAAUAAUGUCGGAGGUCUGCUAGGUCCGGCCAAGCGGGAAGCGUGGCUGCAGCUGAGGGCCGAGAUCGAAGCCCUGACGGAUUCCUGGUUGACACUGGCCUUGAAAGCACUCACGCUCAUUCACUCCCGGACGAAUUGUGUGAAUAUUUUAGUAACAACUACUCAGCUUAUCCCAGCAUUGGCGAAAGUCCUGCUCUAUGGAUUAGGAAUUGUAUUUCCAAUAGAAAAUAUUUACAGUGCAACUAAAAUAGGAAAAGAAAGCUGUUUUGAGAGGAUAAUUCAAAGGUUUGGAAGAAAAGUGGUGUACGUCGUUAUAGGCGAUGGUGUGGAAGAGGAACAAGGAGCAAAAAAGCACGCCAUGCCCUUCUGGAGGGUCUCCAGUCACUCGGACCUCAUGGCCCUGCACCACGCUUUGGAACUGGAGUACCUGUGACCGCCCCAUAGCACUUUGAAACCGCACAGCUGCCCUGUGACCAGGGACACGUCCCGCAGGCCUGAGUCUCGUGUCCUCGCCCGACUCGUGACUUCCCGAUCUCUACCUACGGACGCUCAGCUGCCAUCUGCCCUUGUGGUAAAUGAAGGACCACGUUUAUUUCUUCAGAACAGCUGUUGCCACAAGUACUGUGAAUCCCAUGAAAACAAGCCAUGAGAAUGUUCUAGCACAGUGUAAUGUGUCUCCGCCACAUUAACUACAUGGUUCAAACCUGUGAAGAAAGGACCUGCGAACGCUUAAGGGUUUUAGCAUCUUCAAUGUGACGACACAAACAGCUUCUUCGGUACAGCUAACUUGAUUGCACAACCAAGACUGAAGUGUGUUUCCUGAACAUCAGUGGGGGAAUUUGCUUGUAAAGAAAGUUUACUUUUCGGCGUCUCCUACCCAGGGUAAUCAGUACUUAUUUAUGAACAGACUUUUCAAAGAAACAGCUUUAUGGAGGUAUAUAACCCCAGUGCACCGUCCCAUUCACUCCGACAGACUUUCUGGCGUCAAACAAUUGAAGGGAGAAGAGCGUAUGAAAGAAGCGAGUAAAGGCCUUCGCCUCAUGACACAGCAAGUACUUUGAAUUUUAGCACAUUGCAAAGUAGUUUAACGUAUGUCUAAUUUAAACGUGUAAUAUGUACAUCGCUGAGACAAUCAUGUACAGAAAGAAUUUUGGGUGUAAAUUUGUAAUAAUGGAUGAUUCUUUUACAUAUUGUUUAGAAAAUAUUGAAAGGUAGCAAUGCCUGGAUAGUGAAAUAUGAGGCAGUCUGUGCACGAACUCACGUGCAGUGCCUUAUCCAAGUAUACUGGGUAUAAAUAUGUAGAUAAUGGGGUGUUUUUUAGUUAAUGUUGUCAAGACCAAAAGCAUGGAUGUCAAGUGUCAAUAGGAUUUUUCCCCCCAUCAGUUCUUUUUUUUCCUUUUUCUUUCUUUUUUUUUUUUUUAUGCUGUUAGGAGGGCUUUGGGGAAAGAACAUAGCAGUUGUCUUGAGUCAUUUGGAAAAAAACCUUCCUCUUACCACCUCACUUUUUCGUCUUCAACACUAAUGUGUGGGGCUGUCAGAAAAGUCAUGAUGCAUUUUUGCAAUGAAAAACAUAGAAAAAAUACGUCAUGACUUUUCUGACAACCCUAUAUGUUACUACUUGGGGAAAAAAAUGAUUAUUCAAAUGCUUCUUUUUCCAGAAAGAAUGCAGAGGAUAGCUAUAUUUUUUAAUAAAAUGGUUCAUGAAUUGGAAACGAACAAAGCGAAGUUUUCGUGUGCUCAGAUUUGAGUGUCUGCAUUUUCUUGUUGCGAUAAAGGAGGACAUUACCCCAUAGCUGGAAAUUAGCAAACCUUUGCAUUCCUCCCUACAGUUGCAUUCCCUGUUUUCCUCCACUCUCCCCCACCAUCCCAAGGAAGUUCAUUGCUGGCAGUGGACACGGAGCCCGGUCAUCAUUUCCAAGGAAACAAUGUUCCUCUUCACCUUAUUAUGUAUUACACAGCAAGCAUAAAUAUGGGAAAUAAAAGUUGUCACUUUUGUUGUACCAUAAAAAGUUUCUCCAGAAGUGGUCAGUUUUGGUACUAGUUUCUUUCUCUCAUCUAGAAAGCCUUCCAUUGUCAUGAAAUUACUUUUUGAAUGAAUUUUCUUGAAUAUUAUAUUGGGGGGAAAAAAGAAACACCAGCUUUGACCCAAAGUAGCUCAAGAGCUACCCUAUCCUUUUCUGAAGUUUCAUGUUGCUGCUAGAAUUAGUCAGUUUUGAAUUCUCCAAAUUGUUUAACAAUGGAUUUUCUUUCUUUUUUUUUUUUUUUUUGCUUGAAGCAAACCGAAGUUGACAGUUUUUUAGCCUUUUCAUUUUACGUUUUUGUACUCUGCAAAUUGAAAAGACAAAGUUUUAUCUUGGCCUUAACUGUAUAAAAGUGUGUUGUGUCCACAACUGUGUACAGAAUUUUUCUUCAUUCAUUUUGUGUUUAAAUUAAUAAAAUUGAUUUGUGAAGUA